CACACGCAAAACGCCGAGUGCGUGGAUAUCCCGCAUGAAACCCGCGUUGAUCCGAGCUGAUAAACACACAAGCCUCCUCUCCUCUUCCUCCUCUUCUUCCUCGCCGUGUGUUUUCCUCGGGCACUGGGGGGGGGGGGCAGAAUGUGUCUUCCGGUUCUAAACAGCGUGAAAAGCCGACGGAAGCCAACGUGAUCUUUGUAGUCUGUCAGCGUGCUCUCAUACUCCCACCUUCUCUUCCACUGCUUGUGCCUUGUUGAACCCUGUGCGGCUCAGCUCGGCCGACAACUUUGGUUUCCCCCUCAGCUGCAGGAAGAACCACCGAGACAAGCGAGAGGCCUCUGUCUCCAGAAGUGAAGCCUCUCUGUGACUGCAUGUCUCAGAGCUCUGACCAACCCCUGUUCUCCUCCUCCUUCCACGUCUCCACGAGGACCCACAUUUCCACAUAGCCAUAACCUAUAAACCCCCAUUCAGCUGCUAGCUGCUUCAUCGCCGGCGCAGUUGUUGAUUUCGCUGCCUGAGCAGAAGGACCGACCACUGUCCCACGACUGGCCCCCAACUGGUGCUCCUUCAGUGGGGGAGGGAGGGGAAGGAGAGCAGCUGAACGUUGUGCCGCUUUCCCUGGAGAUGAAGCUCCAGGCCGUCAUGGAGAACCUGCACAGGCAGCAGAGGGCCAAGCUGCUGAUGGAGCAGCAGCUACAGCAGCAAGCUGCUGCCCAACUCACCCAGGUGCGCACAGGUGGAGGAGGGGGGGACGAGCCCAUGGGGAGCCCAGCCCCUGAGUCCGAGCAGGCCCAGAUGGCGGCGCUAGCGGCCAUGCGUGCCGUGGCGGCCGGGCUGCAGAGAGUGUCGGACAGCCCCAUGUCGGAGCGCAGCAGCGGCGGCGAGGACGACGUUGAUGAUGAUGAAAAUGAGGAAGGGGAGGAACAAUACAAAGAUAUGAUGGGCUCAGAUGAGGAGGAGCAGAUCAAACGGAAAUGGGAUGAGGAGGACUUUGAAGGCGAGAUGGAAGAAGACUUUGACGAUGACCUGGCAGAGGAAAAUCUGCCAACAGGCCAUGAUGCUGUGGCCCCAGGGAAAGGCAUCCUCCUGUUGCCCCACCGCCAGCUCCACCCCCACUCCCAGCUGGUGAAGGCGCGCCCUAGUGUCGACCAGGAGCCCCGUGUAGCCAUCUUGCCUCCCCACGCCACCCACAGCCAUCUGGGCGGGCAGGACCACGGAGAAUGGACCUACGAGGAGCAGUUUAGACAGCUGUAUGAACUGGACGGAGACCCAAAGAGAAAGGAGUUCCUUGAUGACCUCUUCAGCUUCAUGCAGAAAAGAGGAACCCCGGUGAAUCGUAUUCCCAUCAUGGCCAAACAGGUCCUGGAUCUGCACAUGCUCUACAGGCUGGUCACAGAGAAGGGCGGCCUGGUGGAGGUCAUCAACAAGAAGCUGUGGAGGGAGAUCACCAAGGGACUCAACCUGCCUACCUCAAUCACCAGUGCAGCCUUCACCCUCCGCACACAAUACAUGAAGUACCUGUACCCGUAUGAAUGUGACAAGAGGAGUCUGAGCAACCCCAACGAGCUCCAGGCAGCCAUUGACAGCAAUCGGCGGGAGGGCCGGCGACAGAGCUUUGGAAGCUCCCUCUUCACCUACUCGCCCAACGGGACGCCCACCAUGCUGUCCUCGCCGAAGCUCCACACAUCCAGCGUGGGCCUGAGCCUGGGAACCAACGGCGCCUCGCUGACGCCCAUCCAGAAGAUCAAGAAAGAAGAUGGAGCCCACCUGCUGCCGGGGCAUGGUAUGGCUCGCUUGUCACCGGGGGUCCUGGCGGGUCACGCGGCCGCCCAGGCAGCAAUGGCUGCUCAGGUGGCCGCUCUGGAGCAGCUGAGAGACAAGCUGGAGGCUGGCGAGCCUCCGGAGAAGAAGGUGGCGCUGUCGCCUGAGGAUCACCACCGACUUCUGCAGAGAGCGCUGCAACACAACCUUCUGGCCAUGACCGCCCAGAUACCCAUGAACAUCCGAAUCAAUAACCAAGAGAGCAGGCAGAGCUCAGCCCUGAACCUCACCACCAAUGGCACGAGCAGCAUCAGCAUGUCAGUGGAGCUCAACGGAGUGGUGUACGCUGGUGUUCUUUUUGCUCAGGCACCUGGCUCAGCCUCAUCCGCUGCGUCUGGAUUAUCCGCCACCGCCGCUCGUGUCGGCCCUCAGAACACACCUACCUCAAACUCCAACAACCUGUUGUCUUAACAACCCCCCCACCCCCACACCCAGCCUUUCCCCUCUAGUCUUUUAAAAAAAAAUUACCACGCUAAGUAAAGCCAAAAACCAACCUCAUUUUCUACAUCAUCUAUGCCAAAAAAGAGAAGACCCACACACCGUACAGAAGACACCAACUGAAACUCGGAUCACUUGAAGUACACUAUCUCAGGUUUUCUCUCUCAAACUCACCUCUUUUGUUCUUCGUAGCCAAAAUAAUUUUGAAAGAAAAUUAUCCCCACUGAGAGUCAGUAUAUGCUUAACAAUGCACAACUUGUGAAUUAUUUAUUUCUGCAUAAAUGUACAGAUUAUCGGAGAACAAAAGAGAAGGUAAUAACCAGGAAGGGCAAUGCACUGUUUACACACACAAACACAGCUACUGACUGACAGUAAUGUUUGAUCCUCUAGGGGAGAGAUUUUUUUUUUUAUUUUAUUUUAUCUUUUCGUUGUCAUUAUUAUCAUUAUUGUUAUUCUCUAUUGUGUUUAUCAUUUUAAAUCUUUACAAUCCUCUCA